AUGGCACCAGCACCGCCAAGCCCGGUCGGCGUGCUUCGCGGCCACGCCGCCGCGGUCAACAGCGUGGCCUUUCUCGAGCAGGGCGGCGCCACGUACCUCGCGUCCGGCGCUGCCGACGGCAAUCUCAAGCUCUGGGAUCUCUCGAUCCGGCGACCCGCUGCGUCCAUCUCGGCGCACUCCAAGGCCGGUAUCUUGUGCGUGGGCAUGCUUGGCGAUGCCCUCCUCAGCCACGGCCGCGACGGCUUUCUCGUACUCUGGGACGUUGCCAACGGCGGUGUGCAUGCGCGCCAGCGGCUAGCGUGCGGCUCGUACACGUUCACCAAGGCCAUGGCGCUCGGCGCGCACUCGAUUUUGUCGCCGCUCGAGGACGCGCAGGCGCUAGGCAUCUUUGACACGCGCGUCGACAACCAAGCACCCGCCUUGCGCUUCAACGGCGCCGCGCUCCAGUCGGGCAUGUGCAUGGCACUCGACGUUCUACCCUCCGCGACAGCCAGCGACGGCGAUCCGUGCGCGAGCUUUGAAGGCGGACUCGUCGCACGCUUUGAUGUGCGCGCGCCUGCAACGCCUGUCGCCUCCAAAAGGUCGCCGAUGGUGUGCAUGGCCGCAACGCCGUCCGGGACGCUGCUGGGAAGCCCGUCGCACGACAUGUACCGCAUGAACUGGGAGACGUCCGAGGCGAGCGUCGUGUACAAGGCCAAGUCGGAGGGCAUCAAUGCCAUCGCGAGCCGCCCUGACGCCCGCAUCUUUGCGUCCGGUGGGCGCGAUCACAUGGUUCGUGUCUUCCACAAUCGGACGAGUCGGCGCCUCGCGACCCUCAAGUUUCACACAGAUAGCGUUUACUGCGUCGCGUUUGCAGCCGACAAUAAGCUGAUGGCGUCGAGCGGCAAGGACACGAAAAUCGCUCUCUGGUCCAUCUACCCGCCAUCGUGAGUCACGUGGAGCAACCGACCGAAAUGUAUUAGUCGUCGUUCUAUCUCCUACUACAGGAC